CGGCGUGUGGACUGCUUGCAGCUGCAGGUCCUGCUUUGUUCGCUGUGGAGCUGCUGCACGACGUGGGUCUGUUUCUGUUCGUGUGUGACGAGUUUUUCAAAAAGGAAAGAAAAUGCCACUCACCCGCUCCAAGAAACUGGCAGCCCAGUCGCCAUCCACCAGGAUGAGCCUGAGGAGUUUCCGCAGUGUCCCGCUAGUCCCCAUGGAGACGUCCUCCUCCUCUUCUUCUGAUGACAGUUGCGACAGUUUCGGCUCCGAUGGAGGCUUUGCAAAUACGAGGAGCAGCUUGAGACAGACGAGGCGAACGGGGGAGAAGCCGAAGGUGUUCGAGGCUACCUCAGAGGAGGACUCGUGCAGCAGCUUUGAAGAGAACGUGAUCAGCCGUCAGAUAAAAGCUAUGAAAGUAGAUGCUGAACCCCUGAGACGUGGCCGCAAGUCCAACACUCUGAAGGUUGCCUUAACUUUCCCCACCAAGAAGACGGGUACGAAGAGGCCUGCAUCUGAACCACUGCCUCAGCCUGAAGUGCGGGACUCUGACUUGGAGGAAGAAGAGAACUUUAUGAGCAAGAGAGCCCUGAAUAUUAAGGAGAACAAAGAAAUGCUUGCAAAGCUUAUGGCAGAACUGAACAAAGUGCCUGGACUCUUUCCAGUGAGACGGACAGCAUCAACUACGCCUCGACAGGCACCUCGGCGGUCCAUGGGAACCCCGGGAUCCUACAGGAGAAACCCAGAACGUUUGUCUCGACCCCACACACGUUCCCGCUCCCUUGUGGAUGGACCCCCCAGCCCUCCUCCGGAGGAAGAACUUGAGGACAAGUUCAGCCUGGUUCGCAAAAGCCGCUACUAUGAAGAAGUUGAUGAACCUCCCCGUCGCCGAUCCUUCACUGGAUGCAAGGCCAUCCCCCAUGUAGUGCGGCCUGUGGAGGAGAUCACAGAGAUGGAGCUGCAGCGCAUCUGCCACAAUGUGCGAGAGAAAGUGUACAACAGCUCCACUGGAACCACUUGUCACCAGUGCCGCCAGAAAACGAUCGACACCAAAACUAACUGCCGUAAUCCGGAGUGCGUGGGCGUAAGGGGUCAGUUCUGUGGCCCGUGUCUCCGUAACCGCUAUGGAGAGGAGGUCCGAGAUGCUCUGCUGAAUCCGGAGUGGGAGUGCCCACCAUGCAGAGGGAUCUGUAACUGCAGCUUCUGCCGGGCCCGAGAAGGUCGCUGUGCUACCGGAGUGUUGGUGUACCUGGCCAAAUACCACGGCUUUGAUAAUGUGCACGCCUACCUGAAAAGCUUGAAAAAGGAGCUGGAUGAAAGCAAGUGAAAUGUGGAUGAGAAGUUGCUUCUUGUAGAUCCUGGCUACACCUGACCGACUUGCUCUGGGACCAGUUUUUACACACAGUCAUCAUAUUGUUCAUAGUUUUUGAACCAUUGUAGCACAUAUUGCUUUGUUUCCACGGGUUCAAAGCCUGUUCUCUUCUGCACAGUUUUUCCUGCCUGUUCUCAAGAACUGAGUGCUUUACAUUAAGACUAGUUGUUUGUAAGCUACAGUGGAGCAAAACCAUUUUUAAAAGUCUGCAAUCUUAACUUUUAAGAUGAUUCUGAAAUCCUAUGAUGUACAUAUGGCUUGAAUGUAAAGCCUUUUUUUUAAAAUAGCUGAAUCAUCCUAACUGCUGCAGAAAGGCUUGUUUAGAUGAUCUGUUUUACAUUGUUUUAAAUGUAAUUAUUUUUAUACUGCCCUCUUUGACGUGAACUGACCACUAGGGGACCCCCCCCCCCAAAAAAAAAAGAAAAAAAAAAAAAUCUAUUACGAAUCU